AAGGAAGCAAAGGAAUAUAAAGUGAAAGAUUCGAAAAUUAAAUACAAACGAAUUCCAAUUGAAGUCAAAUAUCCAAAUGGAAAGAAAGGAGCUUUGGUAAUCGAAACUCCACUUCUUUUUUCUUUUGGCGUAAACAAAAAGAAGAACCAAGAAACAAACAAGUUAAUUGGCUACAGCAUUCCGAUAUGUCUCUGGGCAAAAGAUAGCGAGCCAAAUCCUAAAGAAAAAGCAUUAUUGAAGCUAUUAACAAUAUAACAACUACUUGCCAGCAAUAUCUAGAGAAUGAAUACGGAGCAGAUUUAGCAUCAUCUCUUUCUUCACCAUUUCAUUACAAACAGGUUGAGUAUACAGAUAAGAAAGGAAAAAAGAAAACUAAGAGAGACACUUCAGCCGCGCCAGUACUUUACACAAAACUUAUUUACUCAGAAAAAUCAAAGAAAAUUCUUUCUUUGUUUAGGACAAAGGGAAAUAAAGAUUUAAAUCCUUUUAAAUAUAUUAAUCAGUAUUGUAAUGUGCGUAUGGCUUUAAUUAUAGAAGGGAUAUUUAUCAGUAAAACUGUUGUAUCUCUCCACAUCAAAGUAAAUGAGUGUUAUGUUAAACAAUUGAAACCUCGGCAGUCUUUACUUACAAUUCAAGAAAGUGAUGAUGAAAGUGAAAGUGAUACUGAGACUGUUGAGCAAAGUGAGGUUGAUAAUAUUGAAGACCUAGUUAUCUCUGAUAAAGAGCAGAAUGAGUGA